AUGCUCACGCUCGCUCAGUCCGUUAGCCGCCUACGCUCCUUUUCCGACCUCCUUGCGAUGAUUGUCCUUUUCUAUCUGCUUUUGUCUGUUUGCUCGGCUGGCCCGAUUUUCUUCACUCCUACUCUAAUUGCUGAGCAUGACGCACUGGAUGCGGCCUCUACCGCUUGGCGCGCUUCAAUGCACUUCCUCAUGGCCAGAGAUGACGGCGAUGAUGACAUGCCACUGGUUGUCAUCCCAGUUACCCCAGCGCCCAACUAUACUCCUGCUACACAGCAGCCCACCUACACAGAGGCGGGAAUCGAGUCUGCAACCAAUUCUCCGACUCCUAUCCCAACUGAUGAGGACACCCCAGUAACGAGCAUGACACCAGCUACUCCUACGACAGAAUCAACCGCGUUCUCCCCUGAAUCAGCCACUUCGGUGACAGCCGGAGUUGUGGAGGACCUUCCGUCUGAGACUAGUGCCAGCCGUUCUACCUCUAUGCCAACUGGAGUCAUUGGGAACCUCCCAAAGGGGUCUGAGACUAUUGUUAGUCAUACUACCUCCACGCCAAUGACGACUGGAAUUGUUGAAGAUCUCCCAAUGACUGAAUCUGAGACGCCCAGCCCUACUAACGCUGCAACUCAAAGCGCAUCUUCACCUAUGCCGACAGAUCUAGAGCAAGAUGAGACUGGAAGUGGUGUUCCAUCCACCUCGCAUACGCCAGCGUCAACCCAUCACGGCCCAACUUCAGCUACAACCCUAACUUCGGUUUCAGCCACAACUUCAAGACCGGUCAUCCCUGUCGAAACGAGCGCAGUAUCUACCCAGACUCAGGAUUCGAGUACCCAGCCUUUCGUCAGCGGCGGGACUCCAACCUCGAAGGAGACGCCAUCGACCCAGGCACAAGCCCACAUAGGCAGCCCUCCCGCCAGUAACGCUGCUACCACGCCAGUUGACGAAACUGCAUCUAAAGGGGGAAUUAGUGCUUCGACGAGUGAUCGUACAACAACCACUCAGACAACUCCGGUCAUGGUCAUAGUAACGCAGGGCGCAGAUCCGGAGCAUCCCACAAGCCAAACAAUCUUCUGGCCUGGCCGAGGAUCUAGCUCGAGCGCUGUGACCUGGGAAUCUUCAUCACCUUUAAACCCUACUACUUCUACAUCCGCACACGCGCCUACACCCACGCCGGUCUGGACCUGGGCUUGGACCCCUACCUCUGCAAGUACAGUUACGGCAAUUUCCACAAGUUUAGAAACAUCCACAUUACCAGGCAAUCAAGAAGAGGAAUCAACAACCACUCUCAUGCUCUCGCCCACAUCUACAACUCUGACUCCCAACUCAAUCUCUGAGGAACCCACUUCCACAACAACAGUUACGGAAAUCUCAACCAUUGUGCAAACAUCCACAUUGCCAGCUGUUUCAGCGUCAGAGCCGGCGCCAGCAACGGCACCUACAUUUUCCAGCUCCAAUCUCGGCGAAGAACCAACGUCAACCACCACAGUCACAGUAAUAUCCACGAUCGUGCAAACGUCCACACUACCCCUUGACUCGGAACCCUCGCCGACAAGUACGGUCUCAGCCACAGUCACUCCUAUGAGCCCAUUCAGCUCAUCCAGCCUUGGCCUAGAGGAAGAACCAACUUCGACAACAACUGUUAUCAUAAUCACCACCAUUGUCCAGACAUCCACGCUGCCAGCAGAUGCGUCAUCAAACACAGAAACAAGGGCUCAAACUCCCCAAUCUCAAUCCCAAUCUCGAGAAACGAUCACCCUCACCGGCACAAGGACAGCCACAGUCUCCCAUACAGCCACAAUGACUGCAACAGCAACGGUGACGGCCGCCAAUGUCGACACCAAUCAGGAGAACCAGGUCAAUGCCUGCGGUACUGGAGGCGAUGCGACGGGAGCUGAUGGCGAGUUACUGCUCGUCCCUUGCACGCCGCCUGGGUUUGCCACGAUCACAGUGACGGUGACGACGACCGUUACAGAAAGAGAGCCUGCUCAGACUAUUACGGUCACAGCAUAG